CUUGUCAUGGAGUGCGUCGGCCCGAGCCUCCACGACCUCCUCCGCCAGCGCCACUGCGCUGGGAUACCGCCGCCACCCGAGGCGAUCGUGCGCGCCGUCAUGUGGCAGCUGCUCACGGGAGCCAAGAAGAUGCACGACGCCCACGUCGUCCACCGGGACAUCAAGACGAACAACAUCCUCGUCGGCGACGACGACAUCACCGUCAAGAUCUGCGACUUUGGGCUCGCCAUGCGCAUGGACGCGUCGCCGCCGCCGUACGAGCCCGUCGGCACGCUGUGGUACAUGGCGCCCGAGAUGCUGCUGGGGAAGCCCGACUACGACGCCCUCGUUGACACCUGGUCGCUCGGCUGCGUGAUGGCGGAGCUCAUCAAUGGGUCACCUCUGUUCGUGCACAGCAAUGCAGCAGGCCAGCUCGCCGCCAUCUUCGACGUCCUCGGCGUGCCAGAUGAAACGACGUGGCCGUGGUUCUCGUCCACACCGUUCGCCACCCAGGUCCAGGUGGUGACAUGCGUGAAGCAACGCAGCCUACUGCGCGAGGUGUUCCCCAAGACGAAGCUGUCCGAGGAAGGAUUCCAAGUACUCAGCGGGCUGCUCACAUGCAACCCCGACAAGCGGCUCACGGCAGCUGCCGCGCUCAAGCACCCAUGGUUCACCAAGAUGUAGCUGCCAAAGAAAGAAGUGCCAUC